AUCCUUCGGUCUUAUUGGCUGUCGCCUCUACGAGUCCUUGGAGAGGUCAAAAAUGAUAAAGAAAUUCACUGGCGCGUGGCUAUGCUUUUGAGGCAGAGAUAUACAGUUUAACAGUCCACAUUUCGCUUGUUGGUUUAUCCAGGUCAGCACCAAGUCCUUUUCCAGGAACUCACUCAGCCUGUCAGCUACCCUUUGCAGCAGGUAGCUAUGGCUGCAGUUAUUUUAAGUUUCCCAACUCUGCAGGGCCUGAGGAUAUUCACACAGAAACUGUCAUGGACCACAAGAGGCGUGAGGCUUGCUUCGGGAGGGACGAGGAGGAUAGAAAAGGUGCUGAUUGCUAAUCGAGGAGAGAUUGCCUGCCGUGUGAUGCGUACAGCCAAAAAGAUGGGCGUGCACUCUGUGGCGGUGUACAGUGAUGCAGACAGACACUCCAUGCACGUAGCCAUGGCAGAUGAAGCCUACCACAUUGGCCCUGCACCCUCCCAGCAGAGUUACCUCUCAAUGGAGAAAGUUUUGGAAGUGGCCAAGAAAUCUGGAUCACAUGCGGUCCAUCCUGGCUAUGGCUUUUUGUCAGAAAACACAGAGUUUGCUGAGGCAUGUAAACAGGAAGGAAUCAUCUUCAUUGGGCCUCCCUCCUCUGCCAUCAGAGACAUGGGCAUUAAAAGCACAUCCAAGCAUAUCAUGUCAGCUGCUGGCGUGCCAAUUAUAGGCGGCUACCAUGGCGAGGACCAAUCAAAUGAGAACCUGCAGGCAGAGGCUGCCCGGAUUGGAUACCCUGUGAUGAUCAAAGCAGUUCGUGGAGGAGGAGGAAAGGGCAUGCGUAUCGCACGCUCAGACUCUGACUUCUUGGAGCAGUUGGAGUCAGCGCGCCGAGAAGCUAGAAAAUCCUUCAAUGAUGAUGUCAUGCUGAUUGAGAAAUUUGUAGAGGACCCCAGGCACGUGGAGGUUCAGGUGUUUGGGGACAUGCAUGGCAAUGCUGUGUAUCUGUUUGAGAGGGACUGCAGUGUCCAAAGGAGACAUCAGAAGAUCAUAGAGGAAGCACCAGGGCCUGGAAUAAGCCCCGAGGUCCGGAGAAAACUUGGAGAAGCAGCAGUUAGAGCAGCCAAGGCUGUCAACUAUGUUGGUGCAGGUACAGUGGAGUUCAUUAUGGAUGCCGAGCACAACUUCUACUUCAUGGAGAUGAACACCAGGCUGCAGGUGGAGCAUCCUGUCUCUGAGAUGAUAACCGGAACUGACCUGGUGGAGUGGCAGCUCAGGGUGGCAGCAGGGGAGCGCCUGCCUCUCCUUCAGGAUGACAUAAUUUUAAGGGGGCACUCUUUUGAGGCUCGUAUCUAUGCUGAGGACCCAAAUAAUGACUUCCUUCCAGGGGCGGGACCUCUGCUGCAUCUCUCCACUCCCCCACCAGACCAACACACACGUAUAGAGACUGGAGUCAGAGAAGGCGAUGAGGUCUCAGCACAUUAUGACCCAAUGAUUGCCAAGCUGGUGGUGUGGGGAGAGGACCGAUCUGCUGCCUUAAAAAAACUGCGGUAUUCUUUACGACAGUACAAUAUAGUAGGACUAAACACCAACAUAGAUUUUUUGCUCAGUCUUUCGGGCCACCCGGAGUUUGAGGCUGGAAAUGUGAGCACCAGCUUCAUCCCUCAGCACUACGCUGACCUCUUCCCCACUCCCAAAGCACCUUCGGGGGCAACAAUCUGCCAAGCAGCCCUAGGACUGGUGCUGCAGGAGAGGAUCCACACACGGGGAUUCACCCAGAGCUCCACUGAUCCUUUCUCCCCAUUUGGCUCUAGCAGUGGCUGGAGAAACAACAUCCUGUUCAACAGAAAUGUGACACUACAGCUGGGAGACAAAAAAGUUGAUGUGGUCAUCUUGUAUAACCAGGAUGGAAGCUACAGUAUGCAGAUUGGUGAGGAGGCUUAUCGUGUCACAGGGGAGGUGGAGACGGAAGGCGGAGCUUCGUUCCUGCACUGCACUGUCAAUGGAGUCAAGUCCCGCCCCAAACUUGUGAUCCUGGACAACACAGUGCACCUGUUCUCCACUGAGGGAAGCUCUGAGGUGUCUGUUCCUGUGCCGAAGUAUCGGGCUGGUGUUAGCGGCUCUGGAGCUCAGGGUGGAGCCGUGGCCCCCAUGACUGGAACUAUAGAGAAGGUGCUGGUGAAGGCCGGAGAUAAGGUGACUGUGGGAGACCCGCUGAUGGUCAUGAUUGCCAUGAAGAUGGAGCACACGAUCCGGGCUCCCAAGUCAGGUGUGAUCAAAAAGGUUUUCUUCAGCGAGGGCUCUCAGGCCAACCGCCACGCUGCUCUGGUGGAACUGGUGGAGGAGGAGGAAGAAGUGGGAGAGGGGAGCAGCCAGUAAAACACAUCAAACCCACAGUCACACUGAGAGGUAGGAGAGGGCUAGCAUGCGUUAGGCUAGAGGGAAAGUGAGUCAGUCUGAGUGAGUUUUGGCCUCCUGCAUGUAAGAGAGUCAGGAUUUAAAUCAUCUGUUUGGAAAUGAGUUUAGGGUCAGUCUGAGACAGACGUGGCAGUCAUGUGUACUUGGAUGCUUUUACACAACAGCCAAAAGACACAACCAGCAACUGAACACUAGCACUUCUGUCACGUACAGCUACCCUUUUACUCAGCAGUUUUUGCCUUUAUGUCAGCAUUUCUCAAACUUUCGGGGGGUGCAGAGCCACCACAGUCGGGUGUGGAUGACGAUCGGGGGAAAAGUGCAGUGAGUUUGAUUUACGUAGUCGCUUCUCCCUUCUCUGUUUUGUGUUCAUUUCAGAACUGUAGUCUCUCCUUUCUGUGUUGGUUAAACAGUGAGGGAAUCCUAUCCUUUAAAUCAAGUACUGUCUGAAUUAUGUUGUUAUAGAAAGAACAGUUACUGAAGAAAGUAGCACAAAGUAAUCAAUUAUAAAUGAUUAUUAAACAAUAUCUGUUCAUUUACCUCAAAUGUCUUUGCUGGGAAUUUUUCCUGUUCUUGAAAUGUAAUUAAAAAGAAAACUAAUGCAUGAGGGUGGGGAGGUUUGAGGCACGGACUAGGGGUUGUUGACUAAAGUCACCACUGCAGAGCCGGGGGUAAGAUGCUGCAGCACAGAAGGGAAAAACUUGCAGGUGGACCGGCUGAGAGCCCCUCUGUAAUAUGGAGACAAAGGCAGCGGCAGGCAACUGUUAGUGAAGCUUUAACACGUUUGCCUCAGAGUACAGCUUGUGGGCCAGUAGCUUACCUGUUUUGCUUCUCCUGAUUGUGAUAAGAAAAGAAUGCCCUACUGCAGCGAUGAGUGAGACUGAGGGAGCGUUUCUCUUUCAUUUCUGCUCUUGUAUUCUGGCCUUCACAGCAGAUUAAACCCUCCCAACUUUGACGAGUUCAGCUCAUGUCAAGACAUAUUAAGAGCUUUCUCAAACUCCUCUGAGGAGACUCGUUCCAAGCAACAACUUAAAAAGGUGCUGCGUUUUUCCUGCACUGUCAUCAAGCACUGGCACUCAGUCACCAAAAAUGUGAAAAGCUGCUGCUCCUCAAGUUAGACUUCAUUGAUCAAAGGCUCUUUAGGUGAGUUUGGGCUUUUAAGGGAGGGGUGAAAGAGCAUCACUGUGCAGGAAAGGAGUGCACUGGGUUUAUAACUCAAGACAAAGCAAGUGCAUUCGUGUUACAACAAAUGCAACCCCCCCCCCCCCCCCCCUUUUUAUUUUUUUAUUUUGAUGUUUUCAUGAUCAUUGGAAGCUAAAUUGUAAUUGAUAAUAAAAAUAAAAUUACAUUAAUUGCCCAGCCCCCCCACACACACACAAAAAAAAGGUCAAUCACACAACCUUGAUUGAUUGCCACAGAAUUAUAAUUACUUUGUCUGUCUGGCUUACAUAAAACCCAAGAGCUUUCUUAAAAUGUUUAGCUUUUUUUUUUUUUUUUUUUUAAUAAAUCUGCCCAUUCUAUUCUUCUAGACUGACUCCAAACUCUCCAUUAUUCACAAUUAAAAUACCUCUCCACAAUACAUCCUGUGAUAACAAGAAGCAGCCUCAUCUGCAGCGUUUCUGCGACCAGAUGUGGCUCUGAGUUCAAAAUAACCCUUAAAGGAUGAAAUGUCGGUCAGAGAGAUUUCAGUGGAGUGAUCUGCCGCACAGUAUGAAGUGGACUCUUUUCUGUGGAUCACUGUCUUCUUACCAACCAGUGUGCUUUGAGGCCUUGUAGACUAAAACUGUCAGUGUAAACACUUGUUUUAUUUCCUGGAUUGUUUGUAGGUGUAAAAUAAUAAACUAGUUAAAUACUGUA